AUGAUGAGCCGUCGGGGCUGCUCCUAUUUCUUGCCGUUGAUUGAGCGUGGCGUGGUGGUCCGCCGAAAUGGCUUGGGCGUCUUUGAGGUAAGUUCUCCCUCAGUGGAGAACUUUUAUAUUGAUGCGACGGAGUCUAUGGAGUUUGCGAUUCCUGUUGAGGCGGCCUUGGGCUGCCGCGUGGAGCCCCCGUUGGGGCCGGUGCAACACAAAAGGUCGCAUCUGCAGCGCGGCUUGGGGGGAGCAAGACCUACCGCUGUGCCCGCUCAUAUCUGUUGCCGUGGAUCCUGUGCCGCAGCCCGUGUAUGCAGGCGGCACGGGGGAAUUUGGGAGGCUUACCGCCAUGUUCUCGCUGUUGGGUGCGCCUUUGGGUGUUCCGGGUGUUAA